AUGGUUCUCAAAGUGGAAACAGAACCACCCGAAGAAACCAAACCUAUUUUGGAAUCCAACGCCUCUAGCGAAUCGGACUACAGUGAAGCAAAGCUACAAGAAGCGUACAGACAUCUUUCCCUGUCAAUGAAAGCUGGCCCACUGUCGAUAGACAAACCCAUCAUAGCCCUAAAUCUCUUUUCGACUGCAGUCAAAGUACAGAACGUGCCAUUAGCAAAGCAGUGCAUAGAAAUCCUCAACAAUCAUCUCAACAACACAAACGUCUUGCUCAUUCUACGCCAUAUGUCUAAAUGUAUCUCGGAAUAUAAAAACAUAACUGUCGAUCCCUUUGAUUUAGAACCUUCAGCGCCACCUAUCGUAGAAGAAGAAUACGAAGGUAGCGGAGACUGGGUGCAAGAUCUCGUCGAUAACUUAAGGAACAACUGUCUUCUGGAAAUCGAUAAGAACGCAGACUUGGUCAUGAAGCAAAAAGAAAUUCUAAAUCUUACCUACUGUGAUAUUUUAACUAUAACUACCAGGGACUCUUUGCAGGUUUCCAGUGAAAUUCUGGUAUACAGCACAAUCAUGAAGUGGUGCAUCGAGGAAUGUAAAAGAAGAACUCUGGAAACCCAUCCAAUCAAUUUGAAGGCUGUGCUCAGGCAACUCAUAUAUGCUCCACGAUACGGACUUAUGACGAAAAAAGAAUUUCUUUGCCGGACAAUAGACGGGGUCAAAGGCCCCGACCGCAGCGGGAUGCUGGAAGAAUCAGAAACCGAAAGGAUACUGGAAUACAUAAGGAAAAAAGGUAAAAACAAACCCUUGGACGAACUGCCGCACAAAGGAGGACAACCCAGGAAAGUCGGUCACGAAAAACCCUGGAAGUUCCAAUCGGCGAGCAGUAAGGAUAGCAAUUGCUCUACUAAGUCUAGUUGCGACAAGUUCAUCAUCAAUUUCCUCACAUGCUGGACUGCUGUAUUUGACUGA